GACGUAGUAUGGUGCGUCAGACGUCACUUCCGAUUUCCCUACGCAGUGGAGUACACAAACAUUGCAGAGAUGGCUGAAGCGCUGAUGCCCAUCAGAGUAAGAGGUGAUUUUUGAGUGAGCUAGUCGAACCGAGACUUGACCCGGCACCGCACAGGAGGCCUGGGUAAGCGCGCGCCAUGGAGGAGCAGUGGGACUUUGAGUUUUUAUCCCGCAUCGCCGACAGCUGCUUGUCGUUCCUGUCCGAGUUUGUGAACGACUGGCUCGCCAACGACAUGAGAGUGUGCAUCUUCAAAAUCCUCCUCAGCUGGUUGAUCUUCAGCCUCAUCGCCAUUCACUUCGCGUGGAAGGUCUAUGGCAACACGGUGAACGACAUGUAUUACCGACAAGGAAGCGGGCAGAAUGGAGGUACGCCUGACACCGCUGCUCACCUCAGUGGAUGGGAAAGUCAAGUAGGAGAUACUCUGAAGACUCAUCGGGAUUAACGAGACGCUGAACUUUGACCCAGUGAGGGAUGGACAGUCUGUGGCCUCCAGAGACACUUUGACCUUUUCUGACCAUUGGGUGGUCAUGGCCACACCUCUCACCAAUCGCUCAAAAAAAAAAAAACAUUUUUUAAAAAAAUAAACAGACUGAUGAUUCUGAGAAAAAGAUGAUCCACUGGUGGCUUGUUUGCAGACAUGACGUUUCCUUUUAUUAGAGC